AUGACAAAAUUCAACAUGAACGUCGUUUCGUCCGACAUGAGAGCUAGACUCGAGUUCAUGAUGAACAUUUACAACCGACUUAUAUUGUCGAAUCCGGGUGGCGGCGCGACCACCAAAAACGGUACCGACUAUUGCUCGUUGAACGGUUACAUAAAACUCAUGCAAUGCGCGACCAACAGCAAGAAACAAAAGAAACCCAACAAAAUAAGCCGUUCCAGUCGUCCGCUGGCCUACAGGAACAUCAACAUCACGUCCUCGACCAGUCACAAGAGCUACAAGAAUUACAGCAGCACAUCGUCUUUGUCUUCGCGUCCCACGAUCAGCCGUUCACCGUCGUCGCUGCUGUUCGAUUUCGAGAACAACCCGAUGUCCACAUGUUUCGAAGAAACCAAACGGCUGCUGUGGAUGGGUUGCAAAACGGUGGACGACGCGCUGGACGUGAACCGCGACCUGCCCAUGUGGGUGCAAACGGUCGAUUCGAACAACAUCGUCAAACAGCUGCUGGCGUCCGUGGACGCUGGCCGCGUGGAUAAAGGCAACGUGCACACGCUGGUAGCCGUGUUCAUAAACUUCAGCAUCACUAUGAUCGACAUGUUCGCGAUGAACGCUAACGUGGACAAACACUGGUGGAAGCACUCGUACAAGAUUAUGGAGCAGCUGAUCGACGACAUUAACGUGCACUGUCGGUCUAAAGAGCCGCUAAACGGUACGCUGAAGGUGAAGGGCAAGAGCGGCGACCGGAUGCUGAACAAGGCGCUGUCCACCAUCACCCAGCUGAAGAAAAUCAUCCCGUCAGACAAGCCGGAGAACGGCGUACUCAACAGCAACAACAAUAACAAUCAUUUCUUGCACAACCCCGUAACGCCGCUCGUGUCGCCCGUAUCCCAACAGCCGGCCGCGUACCAACCACCGCCCAUGCCGCCCGCACCCGUCGACUUCAACGGCCCGGCCCAGCAGUACGUCAACUACAGCUACAGCCCCAACCAGAACUACAUGAACGGCGGCUACAACUACCCCGGCCAGUACCCGACGCCCCAGAUGAACAGACCUCCUUACUGCCCGUUGCAGUACCGUCCGCCGUACCAGCCGCCGCCGCCGCCGCCGUACCAGCAGCAGUACGCGAACCAAGUGCGCGUCAACCAGCCGCAGUAUUAUCAGUACGUGCAGCAGCAGCAGCAGCAACAACCGCCCAACCCGUGGCCGAACAGCUACCAGAAGCCGGCGUAUCCGCCCGUACACAACAACACGCCGCCAUUCCCGGCGGCCCAGUUUGCGGUGUCCAAUCCGCAGCCGAAGCCUGAAGCCAAGUUGGUCGAGGUGGUCAAGGAAGACGACGAGAAAAAGUGGCUGGAAGCCCAGAAGGACGCCAAACAGCUGGUGAACAACGCCAUCGGUCACAGCGCGUUGACGACCCGGUCGACGACGGACAGCAGCAACACGUCGCACGAAAGCGAGGAAGGCCUGAUCAACUUGCAUGCGACGUUCGAGCGCGUGUCCGACCGGGACAGCGGUAGCGCGCCACUGCCCGACGACACGGACCGCAUGUGGAACUUCCUGGCCAGAGAAGUGGACAAGAAGGUCCGGUACAAGUUCCAAAAGAUGAUCAGAGAAAUGCAAGACAUACCCAAAGACGAAUUCAGCAGAGAACCCGAAUUAUACGACACUACCUACCAGAACGUGGUCAGAAUACAACUGUUCGAGCCCAUUAGAUGUAAAAUGAUCAAUAAAAAAUACGAAAACGUCCAGGCUGUCGUCAGAGAUUUUCGCUUGGUGUUCAGCACAUUUCGUCACAUAUCUCAGCAGUCCAACGACAUUAAAUGUAAACUUAUGAUGGACUUUAUGGAACGCUACUUCAACGAGUGUCUCAGAAAGUAUUUCCGCGGAUGGAACUUGGACAAGUAUCGUCCAGGUGUGGUUGAUGUUCUCUGACGGUACAAGUCGAAAUGUUAAACUUCCUGUUAAAAUAAUUCAUGUACAUUAAUAAUU